AGAGAGAGAGAAGAAAGAGAGGUUGUCCCACGGGCGGGGCUCGUAGUGCGAGCGAGAUAGAAGCAAAAAGAGAGGAAGGAGUAUUGGCUGGCGGGGAAGGGGGAGCUUGAAUCCCGCAGCGUAAAACUAAGCAUGCCACUCGUGGCGUCUCAGUCGCAGGAUCGCACGCGCACCGUCAACGCAGUGGCGUCUGAUUCUCCUUCCUAUUUUACCGGUCAUCACACGUAAACUAACACACGACAAGAUUUACACGUAUCAUUCUAUGUAUAUAUAGUACCUUUCUUCUCGGUGUAUGUAAGAGAGAAAGAGAGAGAGAGAGAGAGAAGUAUUGGAAAAGGAAAGAGAAGGUGAGAAAAAGAAGGAAAAGAAUAGAGAGAUAUAUUCUAUAUAUAUAUCUGUAUAUAUAUGUAUAUAUACACAUAUAUAUAUACACAAUAUAUAUAUAUUUUCUAUCUUUCUCUUUGAAUGAUAUCGAACGGUAUUUCGAUGUGAGAAAAAAAAAGAAAGAAGAAAAGGGGAAAAAUACGAAAGAGACACUCUCUCUUUCGAAUUCACAGGAUUGUAUAUACAUACAUGCACACACACGUAUAUAUGUACAUACGUGUAUGUAUAUAUGUGCAUGGCUUUACUACGCGCGUGUUACUUCUGGACAGACUACGAGGUGUUUGAGGUUAGGAACAGUCGUAUUCGUCAUUUGCUCUCCGUCUACUAGUUUAUCAGUCGAUUUAAUCUGUGUGCAGCAGCAAUAACAACAGUAACAGCAGCAAGGUGGUUUCUUUCAGACUGGUUGAGAACUAUAUAUAUAUAUGUAUAUAUAUUUGUAGGCUCCUGUGCAUAUACAAACACGCACACAACACAUACGUAUAUAUAUAUAUGACGAAGAAAAAAGGAAGAGAGAAAAAAGAGGGUAGAUAGUAGACGUCGCUUGAAUUACCGAAGCACUGCCUGGUGAGAUGAAGACGAGCGAAAAGAGUUGAACGUCGAAGAGUAAAGAGUAAGAAGGAUAGAGGAAAGCGAGAGGGGUACACGACCGUCGGUUAUGUUCAACUGUAAAGAAGAAGAAGAAGAGAAGAGGCAAGGCUAAUGGCUCUUAGGAUAGAAGGAAAAGAACACUGAACGGGUCAUACCAAUGACGUAAAAGAUUUUAACAAAUUGUACUGGACAAAGAUUGACGAAGAAAAGAAGAAGAAAAAAAUAUAUAUUAAGAAGAUAUUUUAUCAAUUUUUCGUUUUUAUCACAACGAGAACUUAUCUGUGAGAACGCACGUGACACAGCGUGUUUCUAGAAGAAAUCACUUAGAGAAAGCAUUGAAGGAGGAAGUCAAAAUGAGCGAAAAACGUGGUACGAAAGCUCUCGAGCUCUGGUGCAGACGAAUAACCGAGGGUUAUCCGGGUGUAAACGUACAGAACAUGACCACCUCGUGGCGAGAUGGGCUCGCAUUUUGCGCCAUGAUUCAUCACUUUCGUCCCGACCUCAUCGAUUUCAACAGCCUUAACAAGGACGACGUCUAUGGGAACAACGAGCUGGCAUUCAGAAUCGCCGAGCAGCAUUUAGGAAUACCCGCUCUUUUGGAUGCCGAAGACAUGGCUUCCUGUUCCGUGCCUGAUCGAUUAUCGAUUCUAACCUAUCUCUCACAAUUCUAUCAAACCUUCAAAGGAUCGUCUCCUAGCCGUUUAGCGACGAACAGAACAGUCGAAACAACGGAAGAGAGAAUCGCCCCGGUUCCAGAAUCACCAAAAGCCAAGGUGGGGUCGCGUCUGGGAAUGCGUCGAGAUCCGUGCGCGUCGUGCGGACUUCCGGUUUUCCUCGCGGAGAAGCUGGUGAUCGGACACGCAGCCUACCAUCGUACCUGCUUCCGUUGUGCCCGUUGUGGGAACCAAUUGAUGCCUGACAGUUAUUACGAGACUGAGGAGGGCCAGUAUUGCUGCGAGACCUGUCCUGACGAAGAGAGGACCUUUUUAUCGUCAUCGACGUCGUCGUUAUCAUUAUUGACGAAUCGUCAUUUAGAAAAAGAUAGCGACAAAGGUAACGAGGAAGAACAAGAAGGAGAAGAAGAACAGGAAGAAGAAAUAGAGGUUGAAGGAGAAGAAGAAGAGGAAGAAAAGGAAGAAGUGAAAAUGACGGAUAUGAUGGUGGAUAACCGAGUUUCCGGUAAUGGCCACCGAAGGUCUCUCAGUGAUGAAGAAAAAACAGAACGGAAGAUGGUAUUAGAAUUAAAGGACAAUGAAAAUGUCGUUGUUCUUGCUAGGAAACGAUCGGUAGACGCACAGAUACCAGAUCUGAUAUCGCAGACCUCACGAAUGAGGCUCGACUUUAUGGCGAGUCAAUUGUUCUCGGAGAGAAAUGACGAGAAUAUCGAGGAUGAAAGGACAAAGAGAAAUAUAUUCUCUGGAGAGAAGAAUGAAGAAUUAGAGGAAGGAGAUGAGGUGGAGGCGGAGGCGGAGGCGGAGGCGGAGGCGGAGGCGGAGGAGGAAGAGGAGGAGGAGGAGGAGGAGGAGGAAGAGAAGAAUAAGGAAGUCCUUCGUACGGAGGAAUCGACGAAUCUCGAUGACCGACCUCGACCGAGAUUGUCGAGUAUCGAAGAUACCAAGAAUUCCAAAGAGGAAGCUAUUAAUAAUUCGCUUCCAGAAUCGGAGUCAAUUAUUCAUUCGAAUUGCUCUGCGACACCUUUGCAAAAUGAAACGACGCUUUCGCAUAGUGAUUCGAAUAAAGUUCAAAUACCGUCCCCACCUGUAAGAGCAAACAGGAGAAACAAUGUGCCAAAAGAGGAAGCUAUUAAAUGUCCCAUGGAUGAGAGUAACGAAACUAAGGAUGAUCGUAGAAUCCAAGAUUCUUUAAAUAAUUCAGUUGGCAGCCUUACUUUCUUAACUGCUCAUGGGACAAGUGAAAAAUAUCCAGAAGAAUUAAAUCCCUUUAAAAGCGACGAAGAAAAUGAGGAAGAAUACCAUACUGUUGUGAAUAAUAGCAUUAAAAGCAUUAGCAAGAUCUCGACUAAUCCGUUUGAUGACGAUAUUACUUAUGAUGAAGAAGACGGAGAUAAAGUAGAGAAUGAGCUUCCUUUGCCAGAAUCGAAACCACCACUCACGGUUCUACCGGCUAAACGGCGUUUGACUGCACCACAGAUCAGUCUCAAUCCAUUCUCCAGUGACGAGGAAGAUGAACAUGAAAGUGAUACGGAGAACAAACGAAUCGUGGUAUCUGGUACAGUGCCUAUACCCAAGCCACGUACUAUCACAAAUACAAUCGAGCUGGGAUUGAUUCAACGAAAAUCCAAUUUGAAUCGUAGAGGCGUUUAUGCAUCAAAUAGCUCAAUAACUAGUUCGGAAUCGACCUCAACGCCAGGUGGAACAUAUAGGAAGAAAAAACCAGCACCGUUGCCACCAACGGCCAAGGAACUGUUCUCUUCCACAGGCUAUCGUAGCGUGUCUCCCCGUACUACACCGCGAACACGAAAGGCGAAGCCAGCUCCUCCUCCACCUAUACCUACGAGCACUCCGAAUGCAUCCGUCAAUACUUCUUUGGUUCUUGAAGAAUCUCCGAUAAAUCAGGCCGAUGAUAUCGGCGAUGAUACACGUGUAAAUAUGUGGGAAGAUCAGAAGAAUAACAAGGACGAGGCCAACAGAAACAGACAAAGCUUGACUAGUGUUUCCUGCGUAGAAAGCCCACAAUUUAAAUCUUAUCCGGAUAAGAGUGUUCAAGGAAAGUGGAAAAGGAAGAAGGGACCAGCGCCGCCACGUCCUACGCCACACCGUAGAAAAAUCAAAGUUAUGUCCAUGAAAGACGUCAAAUUAGAAUUGGAUGAAAUAGAAUUACAACAGCAAGGUUUAGAAAGACAGGGUGUACGUUUGGAACAAUUAAUUAGAGACAAAUGUGAAACAGGGCCACGAGUUGAUGAAUCUUCUCUCAGUAUGGACGUCGAAGAACUCAUUUUAGAAUUAUUUGCUUUGGUCAAUGAAAAAAAUGAAUUGUUUAGGAGACAAGCUGAAUUAAUGUUACUACGUAGGCAACAAAGAUUGGAAGAGGAACAUGCUGAUGUUGAAUAUCAAAUACGUUGUCUUAUGUACCAACCAGAAGCUACAAAAACGGAUUUCGAUAAACAGAGAGAAGAGGCUUUAAUACAAAGGUUAGUAGAAAUCGUAGAAAGGAGAAAUGAAAUAGUAGAAUGUUUAGAAAUGGAUCGUAAAAGAGCAGUCGAGGAAGAUAAGAGUAUUCACAAACAUAUGGGAUUAUUUGCUGCUAGAAACAAAAGCGAUGCUACCAAUAGUAAUAAUGAUUCUUCUUCUAAUUCCACUAAAAUGAAAAAAAGUAAAAUAAAAGAGAAGAUAAAAGAGAAGAAGUUUAAAAAAUUAUCUAAAAAGGAUGCCGACAAGGACGUGGAUGAGACUGAAGUGAAACUCAAACGCCACAACAACAAGCGGAAGUGGUUUUGAGUUAUUAAAAUAUUAAUUGUUAAAUAUUAUUAGCUAUAAAGUUUUUUGCAAAUAAGCUAGUUAUCGUUUAAUACUUUUAUAAAUAUUUUUAACGUGAUUUGUUAUUUAUAAAUACAAAAGAUUACCAUAAAACAUUAGUAAUAAAUAUAAUUAAUGGUUCAAUAAAAAAUAAA